UCUCUGUUAGACUUCAGAAAUCCUCCGCAUUUAUCUGCCAAAGUUGUAAACACGUCCUAAAGUUUACAGCUCCAUGUUUCCAUAGGUGUGGGGUGACUUCUGGGUGACGGGAUGGACGGGGCGGCGGUCGGACCUGGACCUUACCGGGCCACCAAGUUGUGGAAUGAAACCAUUAAACUUUUCCGUGGAGGAAUGACACUUCGAAGGCACUGGGCAAACUUCCGUUACUAUGACAGCAGUUUCACAGGAUCAGAGGCCGUGGACUACCUGCACGAGCUGCUCAGACACAACUGCAACUUUGGACCUGACGUGACUCGGUACCAGACCCUCCAGCUGCUCAGGAAGUUCCUCAAAGCCCACGUGAUAGAAGAUAUCAAAGGACGCCACGGCACAGAGGACUUUGAAGACAGCAGCAAUCUGUACAGGUUCCCCACACUGUCUCCUCUAAAGUCUCUUCCAACGAGACCGCUGUGGAGAGACAGCAGCGACCUGCCCAGACUCAUCCGCUGGGACGACUAUGAAGAACUGCCUCAGCGGGAAAAUGUAGCACCCUCGAAAUCCACCGUCAUGUCUUCAGAUUUAUGGAAUAAGAGACACAGUGUAGCUAUCGGAGAUGUGCAUGAAUGCAAGGUCAUACGCAGGAAGGAAGUAACUCCAAAACAAGUGGACCACAUCUGGAAAUCGUUGACGAUUGCACAUUUACAGAGAGUUCUGGGCUUGAGGACGUUGGAUGGAGUUUUGAACCCGGCACAUGUGAAUGGAAAGCACAUUGUUCACAAUGUGUUCAGCAUUAACAAAGCAGGCAUUGUUGUAUUGCAGAACAAAGCUGAGGACAUGCCUUAUUGGGUUGUAUCAGCAAUGAAAUGCCUUGCAAACUGGCCUAAUGGCAAUGACGCCGGGCAGCCAGUGUACCCCGGCUUUGAGCGGGAUGUUCUGAGAACAGUAGCUGAUUACUACCAGAAACUUAAAGAGCCCUUGCUGACUUUCCAUCUGUAUGAGGUCUUUGUCAACAUUCUCAGUCUGCUGCAGGAUCAGGACGUGGCCACUCAGGCCCUUCAAGUCAGCUGCCUCCUACUGCCUCCUCCCAACCGCAGACGCCUCCAGCUUUUACUGCGUCUCAUGGCCCGCGUGUGCCAGAACCCCCACCUGCCUCCGCUCAACGACACUGUUCCAACCCGCACACUGAUGGUGCAGAUGUUUUCCCCCUGCGUUCUGGGCUCAGCAGACGACAUGGACCUGGACGAGCUACUUGCUACUAAACUGGUGACGUUCAUGAUGGAGCACCGUGACGCCGUCUUCCACGCGAACAGCAAGCUGCGCUGCCAGGUCGACGAGCAUCUGUCGCACCUCAAAAGAGCUCAGAUCAAAUACGUUGGCUCAGAUACGGAUUUCAGCGCCUCACCGGCCUUUUGCAAACAGAUCAGGGUCAUGGAGAGUGAAGAGCAGAAGGUGAUCGGUACCGAGACCCCGUUGCAGCAGUUGCUGGAAGGUCUGAUUGCAGACAAAGAACUCCCCGCGAAGGACAAGAAGAAAAGACUUAAACAGUUCCAGAGGUCCUACCCCGAAGUUUACCAGCGUAGGUUCCCCACCGAGGAGAGCAAGGCUGCCGUCAUCCCAGAGAAACCGCCCCGACAGAGACCUCAACUCCCGUUCUUCAACCUUAAAAAGUCUUUCCAGCCUUUCCAGAGGAGCUGGAGUUUUAGGGCGUGAUUCAUCCCCACAGACAUAUUUACACUAUUAAUGCUCCCCUGCAUCAUCCAGUCACGGGACGAGGACGAGCUCGGCUGUCACAGUGCCCUGGUCACAACUGAGGUACUAUUUAUUAACCACUUCUCCUGAAUUUGACAGAAUAAAUCAGUUUUUAUGGUACUGUUAAAUUUAAAUAAUAAUAAUAAUAAACAUUAAUAUAAUGGCUACAUGCACAAUGAUCUGGAUGGGUGAAAAGACCCUUUCAAAUCACAGUAAAGACAAUAAACAAUGCAAAGUUUGUAAUCUGAGGUUUCAAAAUACUAAGAAAAUGUACUUUGAUGUCUGGAUUAGAAACACUGGGCACAAGUUUUAUUACACUGUUAAUUCAGUGUAGCUAUAUGCACUAUAUUGACAAAAGUAGAAAGAGAAAAAAAAACAUCACACCAUGACAUUGUUUUCAAAUACAUGUACUCAGGUUUCCCACGCAUCCUGGAAAACCUGGAAAAAGAUUGGUCAAUUUUCCAGUCCUGGAAAACAUGGAAAAUGACAAAAAAAAAAAAAAGGUCAAAUGUCCUGGAAAAUGAUCUUCCCCCUGCCUUGUUAGUGAAUGUAAACGGGUUAAACGUUCUGCAGAUGUACAUCUGUUGACACCUGAUCAGGGCAACAUUCAGGCUGCACCACGGAGUAGGAGGCCCCGCGUCCCUGCUUCUAGCUGGCACAGCGCCCCACGUGACGCUACCAGCCAAUCAAAUCUCCUCCUUUGCUGAGAGUGCUUCUCC